CGCCGGCGCCAUGGACGAGCCCGGCUGCGGGGAGCAGUUCCGAGCCGCUGUCCGCGUUAUCCAGGGGCUGCCCCGCAGCGGUUCCUACCGACCGUCCUACGAGGAGAUGCUGCGCUUCUACAGCUACUACAAGCAGGCGACAGUGGGGUGCUGCCAAGGCCCGCGGCCCGGCUUCUGGGACCCCAUCGGCCGGUACAAGUGGGACGCGUGGCACAGCCUGGGCAGCAUGUCCAAGGAGGAGGCGAUGGCAGCUUACGUGGCUGAGAUGAAGAAGGUGGCCCAAAAGGUCAUUGACACGGUGCCCAUGGACGAGGCCACCGAGGAGAUGUUCGGGUACUUCGAGCCGCUCUACGACGUGAUCCACGACAUGCCCCGGCCCCCCGAGGCCUUCUUCAAGAGGAAAAGGGGCAGCCAGGAGCAGAGCCCCGACCCCGGCAGCAGCCUGACCCCGGAGCAGCAGGACGGGCCGCCUGGGCCAGGACGGGGCCCGGCUCCUGCCACCAAGGCUGCCCAGGCGACCAGUGACUCGGAGGGGGACGUGUACUGCGAUACCCUGGAGCAGAUGGAGCCCGAGCAGGCGCUGGGUCUCUCCCCGAAUGGCGUCCAGGCCGGGCCGCCCCUGCCCCCCAGCACCGGGCAGGGACAGCAGAAGGCUGCGGGCAGAAGACUGCUGGGGAGGAGCAGCGCUGGCCUGGCCGCCCUGGGCUCCCAGAGAGACGCCUGCCUCUGCCCCACAGCCGCCCCCGGGCUGGUGGGGGCCGUGCUGGAGGCCGGGGGGCUGCCGGGGGAGCCGGGGCCCGGCGUGGCCGGCGCCGUGCGAGCGCUGCAGGACGACAUGCGGCGGGUGCUGGAGCGGCUGAGCGCCCUGGAGACGCUCACGCAGGGGCAGGGGGACGCGGCUGGGACCGAUCCUGACCAGGCUGUGCAGGCCCCGCCGCCGUGGCCGCUGCCCGUGUCCCCGAGCACGCUGCUGUUCCUCGUCGCCUGGCCGUUCCUCACGCAGUGGCUGCUGCGGCGCUGGGCCGCCGCCAGGAGGUGACGGCCGCGGCCCCG